AUGAAUUACUUACCAGUUAGUCACGACAUCCGAAGAGGAAAUCUUCACGUAAUUACAUUCUCAGUGCUAUUAGUAUGCGUGGGCAGUAAUAUAGCUUGCAAGGAAUAUUAUGGAACUAGUGUUCCACCACCUGUAACUGCCAUUCCAGAAGCUGACAAGUUGAUUAAGAUGUCAAACAUUCGAUCACGAAUUGAGUGCUUCUCUCUUUGUAUGACAUAUUCCGAAUGUGGUAUGACUAUUUACAGCGUUUCCGACAAAGUAUGUAUCCUGCGUAAAAUCAAGCAACUACCAGGUGCCUCAUCAUUCAUUGAUAUUCCUGCAAACAGUAUUUACACCUUGCUACAAGCCCCUGAAUGUUCGACGUCAGACGGCUACAUUUACCAAUCAGAAUUGAGAUUGUGUUAUCAAAUAGGCUCCGCGAAAAUUUCAUGGAAUGAAGCUGCAGACAAUUGCAAUAAGUAUCGAGGACGACUUAUUCAUAUUAAAAAUAAGGAAGUGAUGAACUAUCUAAAAUCAAUAUUAUCAUGGGCUACGACGGAAUAUCACGAAUUUCAUAUGGGAUUAUGCAAAGAUCUUAGCAAGAAAGUCUUUGUAUGGCAGGAUGGAGAAGCACUUACAUAUUCUCAUUGGGGACCUACAGAACCCUCGAAUCAUGGUGGGAUUGAAGACUGCGGUAGCUUUAAUCCCUACAUCAAUUAUAGAUGGAAUGAUAUUGGUUGCCACGUCCUGAACAGUGGGACACAAAUAUGCGAGAUAGUUGUUCGAUAAAUGUGAGGUAAAACGAAACGUAAUUCACACAAAUGCAAGCACACACACACAAAG